AUGGUUAAGCUCUUCCGCACGCCGCUCGCAAUGGCUGAGCUGGCCUGGUGUUGCUACCAGGAUGCGGCCUCCGCGGAAGAUCUGUGCUCCAUCGCUCCGUCCUCGUAUUCCGGAGCCAAGACGGCGUAUCCGCAGCUUGCAACCGCGCUAGAGACAAUGGAACAGUAUUCCACGGCUGCUUGGUACACGGAUCGACUGUCCGACUCGGACAGAUCUACCAUGCUGUCCAGUAUCACAAGCCAGUGUUCCGAAGACUCUCGUAUGACGAUCGCAGUGUACGGCAUUCCGGAUAAGGAUUGCAAUGCCGGACUCUCGUCGUCUGGAACUGUGCAGAGCACCAGCGACUACCAGUCAUUCCUCUCGCAGCUGACAACUGCCGUGGGCGACCGUAAAGUGCUCUACAUUGUAGAGCCCGACGCCGUGGGUCUACUCGCCAACGAUGGCUGUGGUGGGGCGGCUGGCUAUCUUGACAACCUCAAGGUCGCUGUGGCCGCUCUGUCUGCAAAUUCGAACGCAGAGCUGUACGUGGACGUAGAGUACUGGCUGUUAGCCGACUCAACUAACGCGGCGGCGGUGGCUACCAUCAUCAACGAGCUAAGCGCCUCGGGAACACUCAAAGGCGUCACUAUUAACACGUCGAACUACCGCUCCAACGAUGAGUGCACCACGUAUUGCAACAAUUUCCAGACAGCAAUGGGAUCGAGCACGAUGACGUGUAUCAUUGAUACCAGCAGAAACUACAAUGGAUCACCUUCAAGUGACUGGUGCAACGUCAAGACUGCCGGGAUAGGCAAGCCGCCUACGUCGGAGACGGGGAUCUCGAACAUCGACUACUUCAUGUGGGUCAAGCCGCCCGGAGAGAGCGACGGCGUCUGCACGGACACGUCGUACUCAGACGAAUCGUUGACGGGCGUGACGGCCGGCACCUUCUACAAGGAAGGCUUCCAGGCACUCUGGGACCAAGGAUUCUUCGUCAGCGAGAAGGGCAUGGCCACAAUCUCCGGUAGUAGCAGCAAUAGCACGAGCCAGACCAGCACCCAGACCAGCACCCAGACCGGAACUCAAACCGGCACCCCGUCAGCCACCCAGACGACGGGCAGCACCGACACGGUUGCUCCGGCAGACACCGGGUCGUCCCAACUCACUACAGCGCCAGCCGCCACGCCAAGUCCGACUCCGACUGCGCCACCUACUGCGACCACUUCGACCACUUCGUCGACAAGCUCGUGUAAGAUCAAAAAGCGUCUGCGCAAGUUGUAG